AUGAGCGGCGCGAGCACCAACUUUGGCGGGCUGUCGGAGGAGGCGGCGCGCGUGGCGGGGAAAAAGGGGAAGAAGAGCACGUUCAAGGAGAAGACGUGGGUGAACCCGUCUCGCACGCUCUACAUCACCAACGUGCCGCCCGGCGCCUCCACGGAGCAGCUCGAAGGGUCAGUCACACUACUCCCCUCUCUUCCCUCUCUUACCCUCCUCCCGCUCUUCCGUCUCCUAUCCCCCUUCCGCCCUCCACCCCCCGUACGUGUCCCCCCCUCUCCCUGUGCGUGCGGUCUCACGCACGUCGCACAGCUCUUUCGGCAUAUGGAGGGCUUUAUUGCUUUUCGUCGGGUGCGCAGCAUGUGCUUUGUUGACUUUGACGAGAAGCAGCAUGUGAGUGGGAUGCUGGUCGGUAGCAGCAGUAACUGGGAUGCUGUGCGUGCGUGCAACUCCUGCUGCACAGUGUGUGCCCAGUUAGUCGUGGUGCUGCUGGUUCCCAUUCUACACCUCUGCAUCUACUCGCCUCUCGCUGCACCUGCCCACCCCAACCACCGCCUCCCCAUCCAUCUCUUCUCGCGGCACUUCAACCGCCAGGCAACAGUUUCCAUGUGGAAGGCCAGCGGGCAACUUCCCAUUCUUCCCUCAUCUCGCCUCUCACACAUGCCUCCCAUCCCUUCCCCACCGCCUCGCAUGCUUGGCCCGGCAGGCGACAGCAGCCAUGUGGAAGACCAACGGGCACAAGUUCAAGCCGCACCACGACGGGCUUCUCGUCAGCUACGACAAGGUAUAACGACCCACCCUUCCCUUCAUCCAAUUAACGAGCGCAUUCAGCUCCGUCUGCCCCUUCCACCCUCUGCCCCCUGCCCACCACUUUUGUCCCACUCAACUGCUAUACCAUACCCCCCCUUUCCCCGGCAGGACGACGGGGAGGAGAAGGGGGGGUGGAGCAUGAGGCAGCGAGUGGAGGAGCGGCAGCGCAAGGCAGAGGCGGACCUCUCCCGCGUGCUCUACCGCUGCGCCGCCUGCAACCACUUCUGCUUCAAACUCGCACGCCCGCUGUCAGCCCUGCCAGAGCGGCGCACGGACGGCAGCAGGGUGGUGGAGGCGGCAACAGAUCUGGUCACCAUGAUGGCCGUUAAGGGCGGCCAGAAGCUGCUCAAGAGGUGGGUGGGGGGGGGGUGCACAUGCACUCAUUUGAGACGUCUCAAAAGGCAGCAGGGUGGUGGAGGCAGCAACGGACCUGGUCACCAUGAUGGCCGUCAAGGGCGGCCAGAAGCUGCUCAAGAGGUGGGCGCUGGGGCACGUCAACCGUGGCAUUGGUGUGCGGACGUCACGUGGAGCACGGUUUAUCAACGCCCGACCAUGACAUCGGGGAUGCCUUGCCUUCUCAACAUCACUCCGGCAACUCCGUUACUCAUGUGCUGCCUGCGCAUGCGCGUGUCAUCAACGGCCCUGCCUGCUCGCGUCCCCGGCGCUGCGCUCCCUCCCUGCGCUGUGCCUGCCCACAUGGGUGCCACCACCAACCUCUUGCCUGCCCACGUGCCACCACCAACGCCUUGGAUGCACGGUGCUACACGUGGGGGCAGGGAGAAGGGGGUGGAGAGGCAGUUCCGGUACAACUGUGAGCUCUGUGACGCCUGCAUCGCGUACCGCCCCGUGCCCUACGAGCAAGAGUCCAAGUACAUCUACCUCUUCCCUGAGGCCUUGACAGAGUCAAAGCCAGGCCAGCCGAACCACUCGUCCCCGGCAGCAGCGGUGGCGGCAGCGGUGGCAGCGGGCGUGGCGGUGUGCCCCGCGGCCUUGACAGAGUCAAAGCCAGGCCAGCCAAGCCACUCCUCCCCGGCAGCAGCGGUGGCGGCAGCGGUGGCAGCGGGCGUGGCGGUGUCCCCCGCAGUGGCUCAGCUGCGGCCCGUGACUGUGGCUGCUGAUGGACUGCCCUCCAUCCUCGGCCUCCCCGGCAUGCCCCUCCCUGCCGUUGCUGAGGACGCUGCUGCCGCUGCUGCUGUGCCUAGUAGCGCUGAUGCUGCUGGUGGUGCUGCUGGUGGUGCUGCUGCUAUUGGAGACGGGCAGGGGGGUGGAGAGGGGGAGGUGGUGAAGGGAGGGAAGGAGGGUGAAGAAGGGAAGGCAGGGGAGGAGAAGGCUGAUGGGAGCGAUGGCAAGGGUGGAAGCAGGCAAGAGGACAGCAGGCCACAGGUUCGCAGGCGGGGCGCGGCGGAUCGGGGAUUGGCGGAGCCGGCGGCGGUAGUGCGCGGGCGGGAGGGCUAUCGGGGGAGCGCAGGGGGUAUCGGCGUCGGGGGAGCGCUUCAGUUGCGCAGCCGCGCGGGCAGCAGGAUGGGCACGGGGGGAAGUAGCGCGGGCACGGAUCAGCCCAGCAGCAGGGGAAGCGGGGGAGGCGGCGGGAGGGGCGCGGCGCGGCGGGUGGCGGUAGUGGCGGUGGUGGCGGUGCUGGCGCUGACGCCGCUGCUGGCAUUCACGAGCGUGAUGCCGCCAUGGCUGCACGCGCACGGUGGCGCGCAGACAGAGGGGGAGGUGAGGGGAAAAGGCGAGGUGACUGGCGAGGGCGAGGUGAGGCGUAAAAGUGUGUGUGCUGUAUCAACGUACCUGUCACCUUUCGUCCCUCCCUCCCUCCACCCUCCCACGGCCCACAUGACAUGCCUUUCACCCCUUCCCCUUCGCUCUACCCUCCUCUAUCCUCCAUCCAACUCCUCGUAUCUGUCUCCCUUCAACCCCCACCCCCCCACGCUGCUCUCGCCUUCCCCCCACUCCAUGGCACCGGCAGCAGGCAUCGCUGGUGACCCAUGCUGCCCUGCCCCACACGGAUCUUCACACGGAGGCGACUGGUGGAAGGGGCCGGAGCAGGGACGAGUGUGCGAGGGAGAGAAGAGCGUUUGCAAGCAGAGCAGAGCAAGGGGCGCACACCCGUUGCUUGUGUGCUCUGCUUGUGCCACCUGCAAGCAGAGCAAGGGACGCCAUGCCACGUUCCUGCCACACACUCACCAUCGACUUCUCUCACACCACCCCAUCCACCUCUCCCCUCUCCAUCCAUCCUUUCUCACCCCCCCUGCAUUCCCCAUACAAUACCUCCUCCAGACCCCCACACCAGGGCUGUCAACAGUAGCAGCAGCAGAAGCAGCAGCGCCUGCUGCAGAUUUUGAGCUGCCCUGGCCGGAGGACUCCAUGGCGCUGUGCCUUGUCGGGCAGCUGCGAACGUUUGAGCUGACCGGGCCAUCCAUAGCGGCGAAUCUGGUGGGGGUUGAGGGGUACGGGCAGGCAGACGUGUUUGUGGUGACGCCCCUCGAUGAGAACUCCGCCAAGCUCCUCGCCCUCAGGGGGAUGGGGUGGGCGGAGGGGGCGCAGGGAGCCGGGGGAGCCAGGGAAGAAAACGUCACGCAGCAAGGGGAGGCGGGGAGAGGGGGAGGAGGAGGAUUGGGAGGCCCAAGGCUGGUGUCAGUGCGGGUGUUUCCGGACUUCAACGUGAACGAGGCGCUGUACCCCACACACGCGCUCAAGGGGCUGGAGAACGGGCCACAGGGGCUGCUGCAGCAGUUUAGCAUGGAAGCCAUGUGCGCCAACGACAUCGCUCACAGAGAACGCCGCUACAGCCGCCGCUACAGGUGGCUCAUGAAGGCCCGCCCAGAUUCUUUUUGGGCGGCGCCGCCCGCGCCGCUGGGUGGCUUGGAGUAUCGGAGCUUGACGGCGCCGCCCGGGUUGGAUUUUGGUGGGGUGAAUGACAGGCUGGCGGUGGUGCCGCGGGCGGCGGGCCGGGCGGCGUUUGCUCGGCUGCACAUGCUGGGGGCUGUGAGCGAGGGCGGCGGCGAAGCUGGCAAGCGAGUGAACGCAGAGACGGUGUACGCGCGCAUGCUGCAGCGCCUGAACGUGUCGGUCACGCGCGCGCACUUCCCCUUCUGCCUCGUGUCACACCACCAGUUCUUCAAAAUGCUCGCCCUCCCCAACCUCCGCAACCGCCGCGGCGGCGACUACUGCCGCCCCUGCCAGCACGAGCCGCCGCCCAACCCGUUCUGCGAGCAGACGGGGCCGUGGGCGGCGGACUGGGCGGCGCAGUUCGACCAGCAUGUGCCAAAGCGGCUGGCGGCGGGGCGGUGGGCGGUGAUGGCGGCGGUGGAGGGCGGCAGAGAGGGGUGUGAGGCGCAGGUGGCACAGCUCUCUCUCGAGGUUCGGCGCCGAACCAACCCAUCAGCCUCGUUGACAGCCCCACCGGCUCGCCGUGCUCUCCUCACCCCGCAACAACAACAACAACAACAAGAACAGCAAGCAUUAGCCUCUAACCGGCCAGGCCAAACCUCCCUGUGGCAGCACCUGCUGGGGCGGCUGGGAGGGAGGCCAGUUGCGAGUGGGCAAGAGCAAGGCGGGAAGGAAGAGGAGACAGCAGCAGCAGCAGCAGCAGCAGAGGAGGAGGCAGCAGAGGUGGCGUGGCGGGAGGCAGUGAGGAGGGAGGGGUGGCGGGCGCCAGUACCAGCAGUGCUGUGUGUGCGGCAUGGGCUGGGGAAGGCAACGGUGUUUGGGGCAUUUGGCACAGGGCGCUCUGGCAGCUGGUCCGCCUUCCUGACUUACCUCUACGCUUUCAACCACAGCAUCGCUGUGUCCCUGCCUGCCACACCGCCCUCCGCCGACCUCCUCUGGGACGCCCACCUGCUUUCCGCCCUGCCCUCCAUGCGCCUCCUAAUGCUGCCACCCCCCCCCGCCCAAGCUUCCGACGCUGCCGCCCAGCAGCAGUCAGCAGUGGGCGGCAGGGAGGUGGGUGCACAGUACAAGGCGGCCUUUGAAGCAGCGGUGAGGCGGAUAAAGGCGAAGGAGGAGGUGUUGGGGCGGGGGGGUGCUGCUGUGGAUGCGGACCAUGUGCUCCGGGCUGCAGGGGCGUCCAAGCACGUGGACCUCAUUCGAGUGGGAGCGGGGCGCCUACCAGACCUGCAAGUGCUGCUAUCCCGCGGCCUGAGCACGUGCCAGCUGCUGGUGGACGUGGAGGGUGCGGGGGAGGGCGUGCUGGCGCAGCUCAGGGGCAGGGGUGGGAUGGGCGGGGAGCGGGGCGGGGAGGGGGUUGUGGAGGGUGGCGGUGAGCGGAGCGCUGAUGGAGGAAGGGUUGGGGGGAGGAUGGGGGGAAUGGGGGGGAUGGGUGGGAUGGGAGGGAGGCGAUUGCAGCAAGUGGGGCAAGGGGCGCUGCAAGGGGAGGGGCAAGAGGGCGAGCAUGGGGUAGAUCAAGGAGGGGCAGAUGCGAGCAAAGAGCCGGAGGAGCUGGAUGCGUUCUUGGUGCCGGAUGACCCGCUCUUAGCUAAGUGGCGGGGGGAGGCGGAGCUGGGGGAGGUGCAGCGGUGGCUGUCAGGGAGGUCAUUCCAUCUGGACCGGUGUGUGUCGGGGAACGAGGAGAGGGUGGGGCGAUGUACCUUCUUCUCCCUCACACAUUGCCACGCCCCCGUUACUGCCCCUCAACAAACAACCGGUAGAUAG